AUGUGUUUGCCGCACCAUCUGCUCGUGGACCUGACCCCGGUGUGUUCCUGUCGGAGCCGUCGGAGCCCGGACCCUCGGCCCACGCUCACACGACAUGACGGGAGAAUACCUCUGAUGCUGUUAUCGCCAAACACAUCAAAAUGUUUGAAGUUGAAAAGACUGAACAAGGCUAAUGUGGGCCGGGACUACAAACGUCUGAACAAGGCUAAUGUGAGCCAGGACUACAAACGUCUGAACAAGGCUAAUGUGGGCCGGGACUACAAACGUCUGCACAAGGCUAAUGUGAGCCGGGACUACAAACGUCUGAACAAGGCUAAUGUGGGCCGGGACUACAAACGUCUGAACAAGGCUAAUGUGGGCCGGGACUACAAACGUCUGAACAAGGCUAAUGUGAGCCAGGACUACAAACGUCUGAACAAGGCUAAUGUGGGCCGGGACUACAAACGUCUGAACAAGGCUAAUGUGGGCCGGGACUACAAACGUCUGAACAAGGCUAAUGUGGGCCGGGACUACAAACGUCUGAACAAGGCUAAUGUGAGCCGGGACUACAAACGUCUGAACAAGGCUAAUGUGAGCCAGGACUACAAACGUCUGAACAAGGCUAAUGUGAGCCAGGACUACAAACGUCUGAACAAGGCUAAUGUGAGCCAGGACUACAAACGUCUGAACAAGGCUAAUGUGAGCCAGGACUACAAACGUCUGAACAAGGCUAAUGUGAGCCAGGACUACAAACGUCUGAACAAGGCUAAUGUGGGCCGGGACUACAAACGUCUGAACAAGGCUAAUGUGAGCCAGGACUACAAACGGCGUUGGAGCGGUUGA